UCACUCUGUCUCACAUUCAAGUGAGUUUAGAUAAGUUUUGAGAGAGAAUGAGAGGCCUGAAAAGUAUCCCUUGGUUUUACGUCAUAUUCUUUCUCAGUUUCAGUAAUUGUAGUCUUGAGGCUAGUAGUAACAAGAAACUUCGUUCUGCUGUUGUUGUUGGCACUGUCUACUGUGACACAUGUUUCCAGGAGAAUUUCUCCAAGUCUAGUCACUUCAUUCCAGGUGCUUCUGUUGCUGUAGAAUGCAAAGAUGAGACCUCAAAACCAAGUUUUCAACAAGAAGUGAAGACAGAUAAGCAUGGAGAAUUCAAGGUUCAUCUGCCAUUUUCUGUUAGCGAACAUGUCAGGAAAAUCAAGAGAUGCUCGGUUAAAUUGGUCAGUAGUAGUGAGUCUUCAUGUGCAGUGGCCUCUUCAGCAACUUCAUCUUCACUCAGGCUCAAGUCAAGAAACCAAGGAACUAGCAUAUUCUCUGCAGGAUUUUUCUCCUUCAAGCCUCUGAAACAGCCAAAUCUAUGCAACCAGAAACCAAGCCUGGAAAAUUCAAAAAUAUUCAACUCCAAAAAAGCCUUAAUUCCUCCAAUUGUUGUAAAUACUCCUAUUCUUCCACCAUUAGACCCAAGCCAUCUUCCUCCGCUUCCUUUAAUAUCAAGCCUACCGCCAUUGCCACAACUUCCACCUCUUCCGGCUCUUCCAUCUCUUCCACCAUUACCAGGGAGAAAAACUAUGCAAAAAAAUGCUGGAAAGCUUUUCCAGGAAACUCAAACUCAACUAUCAAAAUCACAACAGAAGGAAGUAAAUCACCCUGAUGUUUCCCUUCCUCCAUUGCCACCAGUUCCAGGACCACUGCCACCAGUUCCACUGCCACCAGUUCCAGGACCAUUGCCACCAACGCCACCUCUUCCAAUUCCUCUGCCACCAGUUCCACUGCCACCAGUUCCAGGGCCAUUGCCACCAGCGCCACCUCUUCCAAUUCCUCUGCCACCAGUUCCAGGACCACUACCACCAGUUCCACUGCCACCAGUUCCAGGACCAUUGCCACCAAUUCCAGGACCACUGCCACCAAUUCCACUACCACCAGUUCCAGGACCAUUGCCACCAGCGCCACCUCUUCCAAUUCCUCUGCCACCAGUUCCACUGCCACCAGUUCCAGGACCAUUGCCACCAAUUCCAGGACCACUGCCACCAGUUCCAGGACCAUUGCCACCAAUUCCAGGACCACUGCCACCAGUUCCACUGCCACCAGUUCCAGGACCAUUGCCACCAAUUCCAGGACCAUUGCCACCAAUUCCAGGACUAACUCCACCAGCGCCACCCCUUCCAAUUCCUCUGCCUCCAGUCAUCCCAGGAAUUCCUCCAGCUUUUUCUUCACCAUGACCGAAUCAUCUAACUAUAUAUCCAUCCCUGUAUAAUUUUCGUAAUAGUACCUUUUACAUUUCCCUUUUUUUGUGAGUGUGUGAAUUAUGCUGUAACUAUGGAAAUGAUAAGAUUGCUAGUUCAAUGGAGUUGAUGUUUUUGGAGUUAUGUCAUGUGCUUGGUGUCAAUAAAAAUUCAGGACAAAAGAAAUUAUUGUACUUAGAAUAAAGCUAUGUUUCUGGUCA